UUCCAGCCCGAGAACCUCCUGUACACCUCCAAGCGGCCCAACGCCGUGCUCAAACUCACCGACUUCGGCUUUGCCAAGGAAACCACCACGCACAACUCGCUGGCCACACCGUGCUACACGCCCUACUACGUGGCCCCGGAGGUGCUGGGCCCGGAGAAGUACGACAAGUCGUGUGAYAUGUGGUCCCUGGGUGUCAUCAUGUACAUCCUGCUGUGUGGGUACCCCCCAUUCUACUCCAACCACGGCCUGGCCAUCUCUCCGGGCAUGAAGAAGCGGAUCCGAAUGGGGCAGUACGAGUUCCCCAACCCCGAGUGGUCCGAGGUGUCAGAGGAAGUGAAGCAGCUGAUCCGGAACCUGCUGAAAACAGACCCGACCCAGCGCAUGACGAUAACGGAGUUCAUGAACCACCCCUGGAUCAUG